ACAAAUCUGGCACUUGGUGAUUAAACCGGUGUGUGGUCAGAGGGGGAGUUUCCGAGAUCCUGCGAAGCGCAAUAAAACCCCGAGAAAGUCGAUUUGGAAAGAGUAUUCGACGCAUUUUAAUAUCGAAAAGGUGCUGUUUUACCGUUGGUUUUGUCUAUUGUCUUAUUAAAUCAGCGAUCAUGGCUUGUGGCGCGACAUUGAAGCGAUCUAUGGAGUUUGAGGCCCUUCUCAGCCCGCAGUCCCCCAAGCGGAGGAGGUGCAAUCCUCUACCGGGGACUCCGACUACUCCUUCCCCGCAGAGGUGCAGUCUUCGCCCGUCAACAGAGAGCCCGUCACACUCGAUGUCGCCCCAGUCUAUGGGUGGAGAACACAGGCUGACUCCAGAGCAGAUCUUCCAGAACAUUCGUCAGGAGUACAACCGUUAUCAGAGGCGACGGCAGUUGGAAGGGGCCUUUAACCAGACUGAGCCCUGCAGCUCCACUGAUAUCCAGAGCUCCAGUCCAGCCCUCACCUCCCCCAGCUCUCCCACAGGUGCCUCAUCAUUGAAGAAGGAUCAGCCACUGUUCACGCUGAGGCAGGUUGGCUAUUUGUGUGAGCGCCUUAUUAAAGAUCACGAGGAGAAGAUGCGCGAAGAGUAUGAACAGAUACUGAACACAAAGCUUGCAGAACAAUAUGAGUCCUUUGUGAAAUUCACACAGGAUCAGAUUAUGCGAAGAUAUGGCGCCAGGCCUGCAAGCUAUGUGUCUUGAGGAACAUUAUAGAUGGUACUAGCCACCCCUCAGCAGCUGGUUGCUGUAGAACCAGCUCCCUUCGUUUCACUUGAAAUUUCCUCCUACUUUUGAUUCUCUAUUUUUCCUUUUAAAAAUGCUUGGGUGCUAUGGUCUAUCCACAUUUAACUAAUUUUUUUGCUGAACUGUUACUGAUGGCCCAA